AUGGCUGUCUUUUCUCUUUUCAAGAAGUCUAGGCAACAGGCCAAGGAGCACAAGCAAAAGCAGGCAGAGAAGGCCGCCGAGGCACCAAAACAGCCGUACAAACACAUUCCAACCCAUGCUGCCAUCGACGCACUUGCCGGAGCACCAUCAGCCUUCAAACAUGAGGACCGACCCAGGAUUAUGGAGCAAAACCGGCGGCGGAGUGCGAUGGCCGCCAGCGGCUUGAGUAGAAUGCCCGGCCCAAGUCUACCUCGCGUCUCAAGCAGUCUCUCGCACGUCACUUAUCCUUCCGCUCACGCCAGCCCAAUGGGUAACAUGCCGAGGGCAUACAGCUACAGCGGCGGACCACCCCCGAUGACCUAUUGGCAGGAUCGCAACACUAAUUCCGUCUAUGGUGUCCCUGACGGCAGCCGCAUCUCACUUAAGGGCUCACUCAAGGGCAAGGAGGUGGAUAGGUCUUAUGCCUCGGGACGUAACAGCCCGUCAUCCGUCAAAGCUGAAUCUCCCACGGGUAGCUCAAGUCGCUCGACCAGCUCACAGGAGGACUUGGAGAUGAAGCCCGCUCGUCAUGUUUCUAUGCCACCUGCUGCCUCACAAGCACCCCGAAACCCAGUUGCUGCUGUUCACACACACAGGCUCCACCCGAGUUCUCGUCGGGCAUCGGAUGCAUCGGAGCGUGCCGAUAGCUCCCCGAAAGCUGAGCAGUCUUCGCCUUCCACAGACCGAAGCAAGCCGCCGCCGUCGAUGCGCGGAUUCAACGCCAUCCCGGCAAUGACGUCUCUUCCACCGAUGCAGUUCGGCAACUCUCCAUCAAUCCAGCAAAACGUGGUUGCCUCGUCAGCCGCCUCGACUGCGAGCGUCCGCUCUUCAUCAGGAUUCUCCUCAUUCAACUUCAAUAUCAACACUGGCGCGCCUUUUUCCGCACCCAUGUCCGGAAGAUCGUCAGCCGCCACCACCCCAGCAGCUUGUGUAACGCCCGAGCCAGUGUACGAGUCUGUUGAAGAAGAGGAAGAGGGCGGCUCCUACACAUACGCCCCGCAACCCGUUGCCGCUGCGCCGUCUGCCAUGAAGUCGAAGGAUCGUCGCAGCACCUCAAAGUCCAAGAUCACUCGGUUUACCGAAUUGGAGACCAUCGACUCCAACACGGAGAAAGCAGUCAACGUCGCUAGCAUCCCCUACGAGAACACUCGCCGCGACACCACGCCGCCUCAGGUCAUUAACAAGGCUGUCGCUGUUGAAAUGGUCAGCGCCGCGCCCUCUGAAGUCGUUUCUAGCAACAAGCCCGGAAAGCGCCUCUCGAAGCAAGCGGGCUCUAAGCUGACUAAGAAGAGCCGUUGGUCAACAAAGAGCCCAUCCGCCGUUGCAGUUUAA